AACGAAAACGAUUGUUUAAGUUAAAAACAUUCAGUUAGGCUUUUACAUGUCGAACAUACAUCAUUGCAAAGAUGAGCUCCUUUCUGAUAGACUCGAUCACGCCAAGCAGUCAUCGCAGAAGCCCGUCGCCAGUAGCACUCCCGAGAACCAGGGCACCGAUUCCAUGUGAUAUGAUGGCCUGGAGAGAUUACUGGCUACUCCAACAAGAUAAGAUCAAUUUUUGCCACUUGUGCAGUCCAGGAAAAUCUACCUUUGGCUCCUAUAGAAUAUCUACGAGAAGUCAAGACCACCCAUUCGUACAUCAAAAUUACAUCGCCAAGAAUGACCAGCUAAUGGAAGGUGAUUUUCACAGUUCGAGUGACGCCACGAGACACUUCAAAUCAUACUUUGGUGGUCGUGAAAAUGACAUGGCCGUGAAAAAGAGAAUACGAACGGCUUACACAAGUCUACAAUUGCUGGAGUUGGAAAAAGAAUUCAGUAACAAUCGCUAUUUAUCUAGACUGAGAAGGAUUCAAAUCGCCGCCAUGCUCGAACUCACUGAAAAACAAGUGAAAAUUUGGUUCCAAAAUCGCCGCGUCAAGUGGAAAAAGACCGCAAGACUUUCAACUCAAAUCAACAGUAUCGCUCGUUCCUCCAAUGAAUCAGUAAAAUGCAAAGCACAAAGCCUCAAUGAUGGCAUUAUUCUUAGCAAGAACGACUGGAAAUUGUAACUCUUCCAAUAUGCACAAUCAAGUU